GGGGCCUCGCUGCCCGCCGUCCUCAUGGCCCUGCUGCUCGUGGGGCUCCUGCUGCUCCUGGGGCUCUGGGGGCUGCUCCGAGCCCACACCCGCACCCCCUCCCCAGCCCCUCGCUGGCCCCCUGGGCCACGCCCACUGCCGCUCAUCGGAAACCCGCACUUGCUGGGCGUGUCACAGCAGGACCGGUCACUGAUGGAGCUUUCGGAACGGUACGGGCCGGUGUUCACUGUGCACUUGGGGCGCCAGAAGACAGUGGUGCUGGCCGGCUACGAGGCUGUGAGGGAGGCCCUGGUGGGCACCGGGUCAAAGCUGGCCGACCGACCCCCCGUCGCCAUCUUCCAGCUUAUCCAGGGCGGUGGGGGAAUCUUCUUCUCAUCGGGGGCACGCUGGAGGGCCGCCCGCCAGUUCACUGUGCGCACCCUCCAUGACCUGGGCGUGGGGAGGGAGCCCAUGGUCGACAAGAUCCUGCAGGAGCUGAGGUGCCUCAUGGGGCAGCUGGACAGCUACGGAGGCCGGCCCUUCCCCCUGGCCCUGCUCGGCUGGGCCCCCUCCAACAUCACCUUCACACUCCUCUUCGGCCGGCGCUUCGACUACCAGGAUCCCGUGUUCGUGUCCCUGCUGAGGCUUAUCGAUGACGUCAUGGUCCUCUUGGGGACCCCCAGCCUGCAGCUGUUCAACAUGUACCCCCGGCUCGGGGCUCUCCUCCAGCUGCACCGGCCUGUCCUUCGGAAGAUAGAGGAGGUGCGAGCCAUCCUGAGGACCCUCCUGGAGACAAGGCGGCCCCCCGCCCCCGGGGCAGGCCCCGUGCAGAGCUACAUGGACGCCCUGAUCCGGCAGGGCCAGGGGAAAGACCCCCACGGCCUGUUUGCCGAGGCCGACAUGGUGGCCUGUGUUCUCGACAUGGUCAUGGCCGGCACAGAGACCACCUCCGCCACGCUGCAGUGGGCCGCCCUCCUGAUGAGCAGGCACCCGAGUGUGCAAGGUGAGCCCCCAGCCUCCCUUUCCAGCACGCGUCGGUGGGCGGGGUCCCCCAGGGCCCGGGGGGGCCGGGGCUCGCAGGGGACGCGGGCACCCACCGUCUCGCCCGCAGGCCGGGUGCAGGAGGAGUUGGACCGGGUGCUGGGGCCCGGGCGCCCCCCCCGGCUGGAGGACCAGCGGUCACUGCCCUACACCAGCGCCGUGCUGCACGAGGUCCAGCGCUCCAUUACUCUCCUGCCCCACGUGCCGCGGUGCAUGGCGGCUGACACCCAGCUGGGCGGCUACCUGCUCCCCAAGGGCACACCCGUGAUCCCUCUGCUGAGCUCGGUGCUCCUGGACAAGACGCAGUGGGAGACCCCUCGCCAGUUCAACCCGGGUCACUUCCUGGACGCCGACGGGCGCUUUGUGAAGCGGGCAGCCUUCCUGCCCUUCUCUGCAGGCCGCCGCGUCUGCGUAGGGGAGAGCCUGGCCAGGUCGGAGCUGUUUCUGCUGUUCGCCGGCCUCCUCCACAGGUACCGCCUGCUGCCCCCACCGGGCCUCAGCCCUGGCGCCCUGGACACCACGCCCGCCCCGGCCUUCACCAUGCGGCCGCCAGCACAGGCCCUCUGCGCGGUGCCCAGACACGGGGGCUCUGCCCAAGCAGACCCGGGGAGGGUCUGAGUCACUCUCCCAGGUCCCAGCUUGGGGUGCGUUGUGGAUGAUGGAGGCCGGACAAACGGGUGGACAGCCCUCACUGUGCCCCUUGCCGGGCUCUUUGCCGUGGCCCCCGGAACCCCACCUGGGCCCGAUCAUGCUCUUUCGGGGGCCCAGCCCCCUGCCAAGCUCCCUUGCCCCGGGGCAUCUCUACCCCUCCUCCUCCCGUCUCCCCGGGGCAGCCGGACCCCCUCCCCACCCUCCGCCCCCAGACCCCUUGGGCGGCAGCGCUGCCUCGGUCUGCGCUCAGGUCCCCCCCAAACCUCAGGGUGCCUCCCGUUCCCCAGUGGAGAAGUGCCCCCUUCCUGCACCCCACGUCUCCCGGGCUCCCGAUGCCUCCUCUCCCCACCCACCUACCCUCCAUGCUGCCCCCAUCAGGUUCCCCUCGGGGCCACUUGCUCUUGGGGUGCGGGGAGGCGGCAGGUGGCAGGGUGACACCCACCUAGAGACCGGCCUCAGACCCGUGUUCCCAGCUUGCUCU